UGAUAAAGAAGUGUGGCGAGGAACGCCCAAAAGGCAUAGCGAAAGAAGAGUUUGUCUGAUUUUAGGCUUUGUGGAACGCAUUCGAGCCACCUUACGUUUCUUCCUCAACUUCCACCCCAAAUUACUCUCCAACCCCUUUCCCUUCCCCAUUCUCCUUUCGUAAGUUUCUCUUUCUUCCAUUGCUUCUUCUCUCUAUCAUCCAUCUUUUCAUGUUUUCAAUUUCUAAUUCACUUUGUUCAACUCUUUCCUAUCCAUUUAAUCCACAUAAUUACUCGGCUACGCGAAGAAGAAUGGGGUUAUGUAUUUAGAGGAUUAGAGAAUUGGGGGAUUAGAGAAGGAGGAAAUCCUACACAAUGCCGUCUUUGCGAAGGAAUGGUAGCUUGGAAAGGGUGCGAGAGAGCGAGAAAAAGAGUAAUGCUAUGGUGUACCUUAAUGUGUAUGAUCUUACGCCUGCAAAUAAUUAUCUUUACAUGUUUGGCGUCGGGGUCUUUCAUUCUGGUGUAGAAGUGCAUGGCAUGGAAUAUGGGUUUGGAGCUCAUGAGUACUCGACGAGUGGAGUAUUUGAGGUGGAACCUAGAAGUUGUCCUGGCUUUAUCUUCCGACGUUCAGUAUUGUUAGGCAGCACUGAUAUGUCCUAUUCACAAUUCCGUUCUUUCAUCGAGCGCCUAUCCACUAAAUAUCACGGAGACACAUACCAUCUGAUUGCUAAGAAUUGCAACCAUUUUACAGAUGAAGUUUGCCAAGAGUUAACCGGAAAGCCUAUCCCUGCAUGGGUAAAUCGGUUGGCCCGUGUUGGUUCUUUUUGCAAUUGUCUUCUGCCAGAAAGCCUUCAGGUCGAGGCUGUCAGACAUCAACCCGAUCUUCUUGCACAUUCCGAUGAAGAGGAAACAGAAUCUGAAGAGCAUUCUGCGUCAGAUGAUAGUGAAGAGGAAGAUUCGAAUCACCAUUUGCUAGAACCACAGAGUGGUGUUGUCUCAUUUAUAAAGGAAAAACCAGAGGCUCCCGAAUGAUAUUUCUCGAGUUACCUUAAUUGUGAUUAUUAUUAUUAUUAUUAAUUAAUUAAUAAUAAUUUUUAUUCUUUUUAACAUCCUUCAAUUGUAUCUUUGAGUGUAAUGAAUUUUCUCAGCUGAAAUAUUUGGAGAUCCUAAAACAUGUUUUGAGUUACAAACAUAAUAGUAGUGUGUGUUGUAUGUUAUAUGAUUCAAAAUGGAAUGGCUUGUGCUGUAAAUAAAUGCUUUCAAGGUACAAACAAAAUUGAUCUGAUAUGCAGUUAAUCUGAUCAUAAUGUAGGAGACACUUAUAAGUGUAUUCGUGUGAA